AACCGGAACGGGGCACUGAACCCGGAAGUAAACACACACGCCUACUCAGGAGCGCUCGAUUGAAAUUAAACCACUUUCGUUAUCUCUUUAGCCGCUCGUCCGAUUCGUUUUUGUUUCGUAGCAUUAUUUAGUUUGAUGAUAAAAUGUCUGGAUGGAGAAAAUGUGCCUUUGGGUGUCGAGGAUCCGUUAUGUUUAAAUUCCCGAAUGACGAGACGAUCCGACAGAAAUGGUCCGAGUUCGUUUUCGGCGAAAUAUCUCCCAAAAACGCCUUUGUUUGUGCUCGACAUUUCACAGACGACUGCUUUAUGAACAAAGAUUUAUACGAGAGUGGACGAAUAAGCCGUCUGAGUUUGAAAUCCACUGCUAUCCCGACAAUAAAAGACGUUCCUCCGCUAAUCAAACCAGAAUGGUGGUCAGAGGAGCCUGUCGUCAUCCCAGCCAAGAGGUCAGUUGGCACACAGUUAUCAGCCGGAACAUUGCGAUACCACCGCAGUAAAGGUAUUCAAACCACUGACAAAAGCAUCAGUAAAGGUACAAGUAUUUUAGAGCAGAUCGGGCAAAUCCAGUCCUCCGCUGCAGUGAACAGAGCCAACCAUGAGUCUGAUGAAAGCCCAGCUAAAAGGAUACGUGUGAAAGAGGAAGAAGAGGAGGAGCACAUUUCAGUUCCAUUACUUCCUCAUAACUCCAUGUACGAGCCACGUGCCUCUGAUGAAUCUGACCAGAGUGACUUUGAAUCUGAAUAUGGUGAUGCCAAAUACAUAGUUUCUGCGAGCAGUCUGCGAGAGCUGUUUGAGAGAUGCCCCAUUUGCACCAAACACUGUGUAGUAAAGCGGCGCAGAAGAGGGCUAUUGGUUUCCUUCAGUCAGAAAUGCCCCCACUGCUCGUACAGGCGGAGGUGGCAGAGUCAGAUGGAGGAGCUUUUGGAGGUGCCUGUGACAGAGGACCACAGCGAAAACGAAAACUCGGACUGUGAAAACCCGUCAAAGGAGGACAUUUUAGCUGCUCACGUCUUCAUCAACCAACAUGGAUCCUAUCAGAACAAGGACAGACUGGGACAGAACACAACGGUAUACUCACCCUGAUUUUGGGCCCCGGCACAAACACUCACAAAACUGCCUCUUGUAAAUAUGUACAGUAUGAAUGUCCAUUUAUUCUUAGUUACAAAAACAUUGCACAUGAUGUCUGAUUUAUUUAUUUUAAAAAUUUGUGGUUCUCAAUCAGAAAAAUUAAUCAAUUAGAAUGAGCCUCACUUAAAGUUUCUCAUUUACGUUGCCAGUUUUAAUACCGAGGUUCAGUUGUGAUUGUAGUACAAAAAAGACGGUUUUAAUCUGUGUCAUUUAACACAGAAAAUAUUCACAAAGUCUGAUCUCUUCUCCACAAAACACACUCUUACUGACUGAUAUCCAACUGUUCUUAUUUUUUUCUGUGUUCAUCCUCACACUGGCCCAUUGUCUUUAUCAUGUUUAUAUUUUAUUUAAAGAUUUAUUCUCCUUAUGACCUUAUUUUAAAAGACAACAAAUCAAUUGUGUCAUAUUAAUUUAAAUUUUCUCACAAAAAUCUGUCAAAUGAGUGUAAAAGAAUAUGAAUCUUAAUUGUGUUGAUAGUUACACACCUCAGACCAGACAAUACAAAAUCACUGUCCUGUUUGUUCUGUUGGACGACUAAGGGUUUACACAGACAAGGUCCUGUUUGUUUUAAAUAAAAAUAAAAAACAUCUUGUGG